AUGUCUCGUUGCCAAUGUGUAUUACGCCGCUUACGCCGUUGCACGUAUGGAACGCCGCACUUGCUCCAGGAUAAUCCUUCACUGUGCCAUGGUAAUAGCAAUGACAUCGAACAUUGCUAUUACCAUGGAACAGUGAAGGAUUAUCCUGGAGCAAGUGCGGCGUUCCAUACGUGCAACGGCGUAAGCGGCGUAAUACACAUUGGCAACGAGACAUUCGUUAUUCACCCCUUCUACGGAGGCGAUCUUUCGAAACAUCCUCAUGUUAUAUUUGAGGCGCGCACUAAAGCCAACAAAGGAUGUGCCAAUUCCGGCAAUUUAGAUUCAUGGCGUUUGUCUCGCCGCACAAAGCAUCUUUCGGCCGGUGUUAUUGAUGAAAUUCAUCCAAAUGGAGCUGGUCGGUACAAGCGUGAUGUACGUGAAGCAACAAAAUAUAUUGAAACUGCUAUAAUUGUUGAUAAAGCCAUGUUCGAGAAGCGGAAUGGAAGCACUCGAGCUGAAGUGAUACAUGAUGCAAUACAAGUGGCUAAUAUAGCCGAUCUGUACUUCCGAACUCUGAACACUCGCGUAUCUGUUGUGUACAUUGAAACCUGGGGAAAAAAUCAGGCGGUUAUCGAUGGUAGUAAAGACAUCAGCAAAGCUAUUUCUAAUUUUAAUGACUAUACUUCGAGGAACCUUUUCCAAAUCGAACGAGAUACAACACAACUUCUAACAGGAGAGACAUUUGCUGGUGGCGAGGCUGGAAUGGCUGUACCAGAAACCGUAUGCACACCGCGCGCUGUAGGCAUCAGCGUGGACAUCAAUGUGUACGAGCCGCACUUAUUGGCUGGCACAAUGGCGCACAUGAUUGGACAUAACAUUGGCAUGGGUCAUGAUGAUGGACGUGAAGAGUGCUUUUGUCGUGAUUGGCAUGGUUGCAUAAUGGCCCAGUCCAUUGUUGGCCAAGAAAAUGUGCAACCUUACAAAUUUUCAGAAUGCAGCAAGAAGGACUACAUUGAUGCAUUGCGAACAGGUCAUGGACUUUGUUUGCUGAACAAGCCAAAUGAGAUCGAAAUGCGACGCAAUUGUGGCAACAAAAUUGUUGAAGAGGACGAGGAGUGCGAUUGCGGCACCUUCGAGGAAUGUGCACUGGAUCCUUGCUGCGACGGCAUCACGUGCAAACUGAAAUCGGAGGCACAGUGUGCCAGCGGUGCGUGCUGCGACCAAUGUCGUCUCAGAUCGAAGGAUUACAUUUGUCGCGAUUCGCAUAAUGAAUGUGAUUUACCGGAAUAUUGCGACGGCGAAAACGGCCACUGCCCAAUCGAUGUGUAUAAGAAGAAUGGCUCACCAUGUGGACACACGAAGGCCGGAGUAUCUGGCUACUGCUUCCAAGGCGAUUGUCCGACAUUAAAUUUGCAAUGUGAAUCCAUUUGGGGUUAUGGAGGCUCAGCAGCGGAUCGCCAGUGCUACGAACAAUUCAACUCAAAGGGUUCUAUUAAUGGUCACUGCGGACGUGAUGCGAAUGAUCAUUACAUAAAAUGUGAACCAGAAAAUGUACAGUGUGGCACACUACAGUGCAAAGAAGGUGAACGUCAGCCGAUUAACGAUGGUAUCGAUCAACUUUACUCAAGAACAAUUAUCUCGAUUAAAGGAUUGGAAUAUGAGUGCAAAGCCACAAGUGGACAGGUUGGUUCCAAUGAAUAUCCCGAACAUGGAUUAGUGAAGGAUGGUACACCUUGCGGGGAUAACCUUAUUUGUUUGAAUCAAACAUGCGUCAGUCUCUUUCCCCACAUCGACCAAACGAAAUGCCCCAGUAACAAACAGGGUCAGGAGUGUUCAGAACGUGGGGUUUGCACCAACACGAACCGCUGCUUCUGCGAUAUGGGCUGGGGCGGCAUCGACUGUAGUUUAGUUGUUCUAUUGACCACACCACUGCCAACCGAAGCACUACCAACGCAAGAAAACACAAUCAAAAUGGAGAAGAAGGAGACACCAUAUGAGAACUACCACGGCUCAAAUACAGUAUUCUUAGUUGGUGUACUAAUGUCAGUUGUUGGGUUCGUUUUUGUAACAUUCACCAUGAUGGCACUGUGCUACAGGCGAAAGACCACUACUUUAAAGUACGAUCCACCAUACUCAAAGAAACCAAUCGCCAAGGGAUAUGGCGGUGCUGGAACUGCUGCAAACCAUCAUUCCGUUGAAGAGGUUUCAUUGGAUGGUUCCGGCAAAUUGGUUUAUGCAAAUCAAGCGGGUUUCAGGGACAAAAGCAUACAUAGCCGACGUUACACUGCCAGUGGCACCGAGGACGAUCAAACGCAUUCAGAAAAAGGCAUUCUAAAGAAGCAUGGUUAUGGCAUAAUGCACGGCGAUCAAAUGAAGGAUAAGUGGGGCGACGACGGUCAAUCUGAUAAUAUGGAGCUAAUGGCACAGCAAGAUGGAACUCUGGCCUCAACUAGUGGUGCAGCAGUAUCUGAAGUUGAGCGCACACUUAAAUCGUUAAAUGGUUAUCAUGAGGAUAUAUUGGAGGCAUUACGCAAUGCAGCCUCCCAUCGCGGUACUGGCACUGGCAAUACACCUGUUGGCAGCGGCAGCUUGAGUGAAGAGAUGUUGAGAAAAACCCUUCAAGAUUGUACUUCGGCACAGCUCGGUUAUGGUGCUGAGCCUUACAAACGUUCAAGUGGUUCAAAAUCAAGUUCCCGCGAGAACAUUUGUGAUCCGAGCCAAGCGCAUGCGGUAUUGGUUGAGGGUGGCGGUAUGGGAGGUGGCCAUGCAGGUCCGAUGCUCCAUCACCAUCGUUCACAACAUCAGCUACACCAGCCGCCACCAAUGCAACAGCAGCCACCACCACAAGAUGAAGAUGACGCACCAUCCACUGGGCCGCUACGGAUAAGAAAUCUUGAAGACCUUAUACGACAACUUGAACAUCACUCAUCUAGACAUAUGAGUCCUAGUGGUUCCGAGGACAUUCGAAUGUCCGAAACGGAAGCCGAUCGCCAUUAUAGAUUAGAUAGUUCCGCCGCUUGUAGUGAAUCCUCGCAAGGCUCAACUCAACAAUUAGCACAAUCACAGAAAACCGCAACAAUACAUCCGUCUUACAGUCGUUGUCGGCCGCGUUCUGACGAGGAGUCACGGUUCGCUUACGGAAGGUACAGGCAUCCCACAACAACCAGUAGACAACAUCCUCCGCAUCAAUCGCAUUCACCUCAUGCUUUCGGCCAUCACACGCAUCACUCGCAUGCCCACGGUCACGCCACACACGGUCCGCACUCAUCGCAUCAUUCGUCGCACACACAUCUCCACCAGGACGAUGAAGGCAUCUACGAGAGCGCCGACCAUCAUGAACGCUCGGUAGUAGAUCCGCGAGAAACCCCCGAUAGUGAAAGUGAUGACUUUAUUCAAGCUCAACAACAGUUAGCCCGGUGGGCGAGUGAGGAUGUGGUAUCCGUCGUGGUAUUGGAUCAGCCGCCACCCGGUACAAUGUCGGAUUCCCAACAAUCCAGCGGCGUCGGACCAAUGUCGGCGGCUACAACGAGUACCGUUAUCCACCACCAACAUCCGCACCAGCACCACGGCGAUCAUCAAUCAUCCUCGGCAGCAGUGGCUGCGGCGGUAGCAGCAGCGGCAGUCAACAGCACCUCCAUAAUGGGUUUGGGGGGCGUGCCAAAUGGUAUAAGUGUAAGUCAGAGGGACUAUUACCCCUCGCCACCCUCAACGGAGACGGAAAGCAGUGGAAGUGUUAUACAGCCACACAGCCGACGCAUACCUAUGCAACAAGAUACAAGCCAACAAUUGCAGUUGCAUCAGCUACAAUUGCACCAACAGCAGCAGCAAGGCGACACCAGCAGCAGCAACAACAGCCAAUCAGGACAAAUAAUGGAGAAUGGUCGUUAUCCGGAAUAUAAACACUGAUAGUAUCAAAUUUACCAACAACAGCAACACCAAAAACAACAACAACAUCAACAACAUCAACAACAAGUUCAACUUCAAAUGCAACAU